UAUGGCUUGAAGCUACCGUGUUGGCAACAGUUGAAAUCAGUGCAACGGUGACUCUUGAACGGUAAUGUCGACUUAGCGGUGAAAAGAUACGCGCUUGUACAUUUAUUUAAAUAAACGCAUACGUAAUACUUCAUACCGUUAAUUGCACAUAAAUUGGUGAAAAUUAAACUUUUGGAAGGGACAUAACAUUAACAAAUAAAGUGCAACAAAGAGAAGAAAUAAGAGAAGCAGAGAAUAGGCGAUUGACUGAACAAAAAUAUAAAAAACAACAAAAUGCUUCCGCUUCCGCGAGGAGCGGCUUGGCAAACCCUCUUCCUAUUAUGUGCGGUGCUUUUCAUAAAUGAGGUCCGUUCGGAAGGCAGAGUCGUUUGCUACUACACCAAUUGGAGCGUCUACCGACCAGGCACAGCGAAAUUCAAUCCACAAAAUAUUAAUCCAUAUUUGUGUACACAUUUGGUGUACGCUUUUGGUGGAUUUACUAAAGACAAUCAAAUGAAGCCGUUCGAUAAAUAUCAGGAUGUAGAGCAAGGCGGCUAUGCCAAAUUCACCGGCCUUAAAACAUACAACAAGCAAUUGAAAACCAUGAUUGCUAUCGGUGGCUGGAAUGAGGCCUCAUCACGCUUCUCACCACUCAUGGCCAACCCGGAGAGACGCCAACAAUUUAUUAAAAAUAUUUUGAAAUUUCUGCGCCAAAAUCAUUUCGAUGGCAUCGAUUUGGACUGGGAGUAUCCAGCACAGCGUGAGGGUGGCAAGCCACGUGACCGUGAUAACUAUGCACAGUUUGUACAAGAGUUGCGCGCCGAAUUCGAACGAGAAUCGCAGAAGACCGGCAGACCACGUCUGCUGGUGACAAUGGCUGUACCAGCGGGUAUUGAAAAUAUAGAGAAGGGUUACGAUAUACCAAAGCUGAAUAAGUACCUUGACUGGUUCAAUGUGCUCUCAUAUGAUUUUCAUUCAUCACACGAACCAUCGGCUAAUCAUCAUGCGCCGCUGUACUCACUGGAGGAGGAGUCCGAGUACAAUUAUGAUGCAGAGUUGAAUAUUGACUAUUCUAUCAAAUAUUAUUUGAAAGCUGGCGCUGACCGCGACAAGCUGGUGCUGGGCAUACCGACUUACGGACGUUCGUAUACGCUCAUCAAUGAAGAGAGCACGGAGAUUGGUGCGCCAUCCGAGGGACCGGGCGAACAGGGCGAUGCUACACGCGAAAAGGGUUACUUAGCUUACUAUGAGAUUUGUCAAAACCUGAAGGAAGAUCCCGAAUGGACCGUCGUGCAGCCAAAUCCGAACGCGAUGGGUCCUUACGCUUACAGACGCAAUCAAUGGGUUGGCUAUGACGACGAAGCUAUUGUGCGCAAGAAAGCUCAAUACGUUGUCGAACAUGGAUUGGGUGGUAUUAUGUUCUGGGCCAUCGACAACGAUGAUUUCCGCGGUACUUGUACCGGCAAACCCUACCCACUAAUAGAAGCGGCUAAGGAAUCGAUGCUGGAGAGUUUGGGACUUGGCAUUAACGAGGUCGCUAAGCACAAUGCCCCUAAAAAGCCUUCACGUUCACGUAGCCGUGAAAACUCUUCAUCGAAAUUGAAUCGCAUUGGUGGCAGCAGUGAGGGCAAAGGGGCUGGGCGUACGACACUAAGUAGUGGGCGCAGACGUGUGCAAGCCUCCACGACUACAACAACAACAUCAGCGCCGGAAACCACGAUAAGACUUACCAACCCUGAAGGCUCUUCGCUUUAUAUCGGCGGUCGUGUGACUACUCCGGCGCCACCUACUACGCCCGACCCGGGCACUGACUUUAAAUGCGAAGAAGAAGGUUUCUUCCAACAUCCCCGAGAUUGUAAGAAAUAUUAUUGGUGCUUAGAUAGCGGUCCGUCAGGUUUGGGUAUUGUGGGACAUCAAUUCACCUGCCCGUCUGGCUUAUACUUCAAUCCUGCUGCAGACUCUUGUGACUUUGCGCGCAACGUACCUUGUAAGACAAAAAAAGCCACCACCCCGCUACCUGUCAGUAGUACUACUACAAGCACAACCACUACACCGCGCCCCACAGCAUAUCUUAAUCGCAUUACCGCAGCCACUUCGCGUACGUCCCUCUUCAGAACCACUACCACCACUUCCACGACGCCAGCGCCCAUUGAGUACGAAGAUGAAGAAGAAGAAGAGGUGGACGAUGAAGCGCCAACGCAUACAAAAGACAGAGAUGCUGAAGAAGACCCACAAGUGAUAAAAGAACUCAUUGAACUUAUACGCAAAGUAGGCGGUGUGGAAGAGUUGGAGAAGCAUUUGCUACGUAAAGACGAUGGUACGAUUUCAAUUAAAGGUAGCGCUAGCAGUGAAUCUGGUGGUGCUACAACGCCAACGCCCAUCAGUAAAAAUCUUUACGACAAAGUGCUCAGUAAACCCAACACCUUCAACUCGUUCCGCAAUCGUUUUACCUCCUCAUCCCUCUUCAGAAAAGCAAGUAGUGGCCAAACUAAUACUGAAGAGUCGACGAGUGGCAAACAAGAAAGUGGCGAGUCACAGUCUAGUGAGGGCGCGAGCAACAGCGGCUACUCCAAGUACUCAUCUGUAGUGCGUGGCAACAGCCGGCAAGGGCCACAAAAUGAAGGACUCGAUAAAUUAACUGAGUUCGAUGGUUUUCUAAAAGAAAAGAAACAAUAUGUUACAAUAAAUAGACACAGAGGUGCCUUCAGAGGUCAAGAAGAUGACGAGGAAGUGGAUGAAAGGGAAGCUAGCGUACAAGCAAAUGACGAUAUUGAAGAGGAAGAGUUUAGCAGCAGAAGCAAGAGUACUAGAAAACCCACAAACACCGUGACACCCUCCUAUGCCAACAUAAGACGCACACGACCCACGACUGUACGCACCGAUUCCGAUGAGGAAAUCGCGAGCGACGCAGAGGUAAAAGCUUCAAAGGAGAGCGAAGAGAGACGCACAUAUACGUCGUUGAAUCGCAAUCGUGCCAGAAUUACAACGACCGAAAGUAGUCAAGCAACGAAUGAGGCUAUAACUAAUGCAAAUAGGUACAAAUAUCUAGAGCGUACACGUCCCACAAACAGAAUACCGACAACAUCAAGCGAGCAGGAGGAGGAAAUUUCACUCGCACACAACGAGGAGGAGCAAGAGGACGACGAACAAAAUGUAACGGUACAAUUAAAUGGGGCCACAAAUGACUCCAAACAAAAAUCAACACAAACCACAACACGCAUCUAUGCGAAUAUAGGUCGUCGUACCACAACAGAGACUCCCAUCACCAACACCCAAGAAACUCCAACUAGAUACAAUUUAUUAGAAAACCUCAAUUACAAUAACGAAACACCUGAACCAAAUUUACCAACUACUCUUACCGCCGCAAGCGACUCACCCACUACCCUAUCCAUAACCAUUAAGAAUACUAAUCCCCAAGUCAUACCCAUCCAAACAACCGCAAUAACCGAUUCCAUUACAUCCACAACCGCUAGAACAACAACUAAUCCAUCCAAUGAUAUCGAUUUAACCGAGGCCGUAUCCACAAUAACCACGCUCCCGCCAAACUUUGUUGAGUCUGUGGACUCAAAUGAAGCCCUAGACCUGUCGCUUGAUGUGAAUUCCCUUAUUGAAAAAAGUACGAAAACCGUCGAAACGCAGGAGAGUGAAGUUGCUGAGGCAACACUGACAACACCGACAACUGCUCGUACAACAACAGCAACAAGAACGACGACAAAAGAAACACUGACAAGCACUGCUACGGCAAGCGGUACUGGAACAGCAACAACAACCACUGACUCAACUGACCAAAACCCCGACAGCGACGCCAACGCCAACGCCGACGCCGACGACGAGGUAACAAAUUUAAAUAGUAAUAAACGUUUAAGAACACAACAACAAUAUAAAUUCAUAACAAGAACACGUAAUGUAACAAAAGCAACUGCAACAACAACAACAAACGAGACAGGCAACAACAACAACAACAACAACAACAACAACAACAAAUUCACGAAAGAAACACUCAAGAAGAAAACUAGUCUAAAAACAACGGGUAAUAGUAGUAGUGGUGGUACUAGUACCGCGGAUAAGUUAAGUAGUAAUGUUAGAGGUAAUACCGUUAAAUACUCUGGUGGUAGAAGACAACAGCAACAACAACAACAACAACAACAAUUGAACGAGUUACUAACUACUCGUAAAAAUCUAAACCACAAUCAACAGCUAGAUUCCAAAACGGAUUCCACAAACAUCAUAACCACAACCGACUCAACACCCACUAACGAAUUCCUGGGUACUGUAUCCAGUCCCAGACCUUUCGGUUUCCCCCGUCGUCGUACACGCCCGAAUAGUACAACGACGUCCGACACACAAACCACCACCACCACCACCACCACAGCUACUGAGGGUUCUUCUGAAGAUGAACUAAGCUUAGUAAAGACGAGGUUGUCAGCGUCUAAUGCAGCCAAAAAUAAGGUGAGUUCCAAUUCAGAUGUGUUGCAAGUACAAAACAACGGAUUGGAAACAGAUCAAGUCGAUGAGGUCAGCACUACGCGCACUCAAGCACAAAUGAAAUUGCACACACCACAAAUGCAUGUACAUAAAGUAGUAGUAGACGGUAUUAGUGGCAUGAAUGAAAAUAGUUCUAGAAGUAGCAGUAGUAAUAGUAGUCUAAGGCACAUUGUAGAUAGCACAAAUAGUUUAAGUAUCAAUCGAACGGUUCAAGAAAAGAGUGACAGUCGAGCGAGCAGCGAAUUGCUCACGAGUAAGAGUAAUCAAAUUGAGGACGUUCAACUCGCGAAUACUUUAAGUGGUGAACACAAAAACACGGUUAGACUAACACAGCUGAACUCUGUGACCACAAACAGUAAAGACGAAACAUUAAAGGCAAGUAAGUAUCGCGGUAAAAGCUUAAGCGAGUUAGAGGCAAGUGUUGAAAGUUCUACGGCAGCGCAGAGCGUGUCAAAUUUCCGUAGUCGCGGCUUGAAAAUGGUCAGCGAAGAAAAGGAUGAAGUGAAGCUCGUAAGUGCGGGUAGCGAGUCAAAAGAAGAUGGUGAGAGUAAUACAACACACCUUAGCAGCGCGGAUAAGCAAGAUCGAGUGUCCGAAGUAGCCACCCAUACCAACGAAACGACGAUAACAGACGAAGGUAACGGCAUGUUGAAAAUACAAACAAUCUAUACGACAAUUACAAAUAGCGAGGAGCACAUCACGCAAACGGGUAAACCAACUACAGAGGCUACAGGUAUUGAGCGCUCGGACAAUAGCUCAAACACCGCGAAGAGUAGCAAAACUUAUGCGACAAUCAAUGGAAGCCGCACAGAGGACGCUCAGGAAAUUCAAUACGACGCCAACUCAACGGCAACAAGCGACGACGAUCUGGGCACUACCAAUACGACAACUACCGAAACCAAUGACGAUGGCAGUAUUGUGCGAAAAACCAUAUAUACGACGAAAAAACGAGAUGGCAGCGGGAAGAUCAUCACAACAAUAGUAGAGGAGACAUUGACUACGCGUACGAAAAUAGAAAACUCCGAGGUGACAGGUGAAAGCCAGCACAGCGGUUUUGAACGCAAAUAUCAAACCAUUACAAGGCAUACGGACCCUUCGCUUAAUCCUAGUACCAGCAGCAGCACCGAUACCGAAACUAUACACUACAACACUAUUGUGCGCGGCACGGAUGGUGUAGAGUUAAACGAGGAUAAAUCGUCAUCUUUCUAUCGUAAUCUCGGCGCGGCGGCUAAACAAGCCGAACAAAGUCGCAAUCGUAUCUAUCAGGGCAUCUCACGCGGUGGCCAAAUACCUCAAAGCAAGCACGCCGGUGAGCCUUCUAUUGAGGUUAUAGAAAGUGAAACGCGGAAAUCUACAGAAAAUAGCGCGGCGAGUUCGUUUGAACGUGGCGCAAGUAAAUAUCAAACAAUUAAUCGCUCACGAACGACAAGCGCGCAUGAGGUAAGUUCGUCCACAUUAAAUGAGCGCGGUAGCAGUAGUUUUACAGAUGAGAACGGCAAAGAAAAAAGUGACGCUUCUAUUAACGAAGCGAUUACCAAAGAAGAUCGUACGCAAGCUAAUUCAGAGAGCGGUGUAAGCGUGACAAGUGGCGUUGAUACUUCUACCUCUUCUACAAUCGCAAGCGCGUCCGUCGAUGGUUCAUCGGAAGCGGAAAAUAACGCAGCUGAAAUCACGGAUAACGAAAUUUCAUCAACCUUACGCAAGCUGGCAGCAACCACUACCGAAACUAUUGAAUAUCAUACAGAAACCACUACCGAAAGUGAAACUACCACUAUACAGCCUGAAUUGAUUAGCGAUUACAAGGCUACUAAUUUUGGGGUAACAAAAGUUACACCUAAAGCCAAUGAAACUACUCUCUCAUCCACCGAAACAGUAAAGACUUCCAGCAAGAAAUCUUUUACACAUCGCAAAAAUGGCAACUCGUCAGAGGAUUCUACCGAAGCAAAGUCCCGUUCCGAACCGACUAUAGCUUCUAAAUCAGAAGUACAUUCAAGUGAAAUAAAGACGCGGCACAGAAAUAUUACGUCCUCCGAAAGCAAGGAGAAUAGCUCUAUUGGAACAACACAUAGAGUUCGUGGCAUGCCUUCCGCGGCCCGAGCGAAAGACUUUCACGUAGCAAGUAAGCCAAGUCGUGGUAGACCAACUACAACUGCCGCACCUGAAAUUGAAGAUACGACUUUACUGACCUCAUCCGAAUCGGCAACUAACAAAAUAACUUUUGCACAACACUUAGUGAGAACGUCCGCUGAAGAGAAGAAAGAAAGUUCCACUGGUUCAAAAUUAAGAGUUCGUGGUGAACGAACGACAACUGCUGCACCAGACUCUACUUCGCAGCCAAAUACCACGGCUCAACCAGAUACCUUUAUUCAACCGGAUACCACCACCCCGAAGGAAAUUGAAGACACAACGGUAGCCUUCACAUCAGAAACUCAAGAAGUAACUGAAAAGGGAGUAAGCUCAUCCUCGGAAGGACAAAUAUCUAAAGAUCAUGGCGGACAAACAACGACUCCGACUCCUGAAACUACAACACCCAGUGAAUUUGAAUCGACCACACUGUUUGCUUCAUCGGAAAUUGAAACCGGAACUUCUACUACUGAAACGGAAGCAAAUGUUCACAACAGAAAUUUCACACGACAAAGAGUUGGAGCUUCGUUUAAAAGUUCUUCUGAAAGAAGUUCAGCUACAAGCAAUUACAAGGCUCGAGGUAAACUAACGGCUACCGCUGAGCCAGAAACUACAGUUGAACCAGAUGUUGAGCCAACUACAAGAUCAUUCUCAACUCAAGCUGCUUUAUCUACGAACAAACCAACUUUCUCACGUAACAAAGCGGAAGCAUCCUCCGAAGUCACAGAGGGCAAUACAACUGGAUCAAAAAACCUUGUCCGUGGCAGACCAACUACCACCGCUACACCAGACAAUACUGCUCAUACAGACAUCCAAGAGGCUGCACAUAGACGUACAUUUACCCGCCACCAAACAGGAACAUCCUCCGAGGUGACUGAGGACGAGUCCUCAACGGAAUCAAAAUACAGACUUCGUAAUAGCCCAACAACAAAAACUCCCGCACAAGAAACUAUAAUCCCUGUGGAGAUUACUAGAGAUAGUACAUCAUCUUUGAAUGAACACAGUGCUGUUAUGCACAAGAGAACAUUUGCCAGGCACAGACUUGGUACGUCCUCCGAGUCUACUGACAGUGACUCUACUGAAGUAAGGACCAGGAUGCAAGUUAGACCAAUCACAACUGAAGCACCAGAAACUACUACUAUUUCAGAUGCUGAAGAAACCACAUUAGAUUUCAUAGCACAAACAACCACGCCGCAUUCAAUUACAACAAUUGCACCGGAAACCACCGCUUUCCCUCUUACUGAAACUUUGUCUGGUGAGUCUUUAAUACUACAUAGCGAGGCUUCUGUAACAACAGAACAACGCCCCACUGAAAAGGACAUAAGAGUUGAACCGUCUACGACUGAAGCGCCAACUACUGUUUUACCAGAGAUUGAAGUUUCAUCACCUACUACAAUCGCUUCAAUUGAUGCAGUCGAGAUUCCCGUCGAAACAACGACAAUAGCUAACCCACCGAGCUCUACGGAGUUCUAUCAACGGGAGAAAACUACAACCCCUGCUUCACCAACCACAUCAGAGCCAAUACCAACUACCACUAAUCAGGAUAAUCUUGAUGCGGAGAUAAAAACAUACCAGACAGAAAAUAAUGUCAGCACUGAAAGCUCCAGUACGCUUACUACUCUUGGUGCAACCGAACAAACUGAGGUACCCACAACGGAAAAGUCAACAGCGCGUGCCCUGCAGAAAAGUUUUGUAGCUCGUAAGGAGAGCGAACACUCUUUCACUACGUCAAAAGAUUCUUCGAAUGUCAAAGAAAGUAACGAAGAAGCAGCAGCCAUUAACUCAAAUAUUAACCUGAAGCCUAAGACGUCCAAUGUAAGGAGCCGUGCCCAAACCACACGUGGUUAUGUGUUAAGAAAUAGUGCUCAGACCACUGCUACUUCCGUAGAAAGCGGGGAAGCUGAUUCACAAAAUACGGCACAACGUGAAACUACAGCUCAUAGUCAAAGCGCAAGUGCGAAAUCAAACAUAGAGCGAGUCUCAGAAACUGUCUCCUCAACAACCGAAACUCCAAAAAGACGCACGACCUAUCGUGGUACCUACAGGCCACGAACGGACAAAGAUGAAUUAUCCUCUUUACUUGCGCUCGAUGUGAAUAAACAUCGUCCGUAUAAUGAAAGCCAUUAUAAUCUCGGGAAACGCAUAUACCUAGAUGGCAUACAUAAAGAGUCCGCAAGCGAAGAGCUAGCCAGCGCGUAUCAAACAACUGGCACACAGCUGGAAAGGACUCAGUUAGACUCGUUGUCACAUUUAAAUAUUAAUGGAGGAGAGAGCCGAGUCGAUGCGAACGGCGUUGAAGGAGCUCAAACCGACAUUAGAGCCAGUGGAUACAGUAGAAAUCGCACGGCUAUCAACAAUCGUAGAACUACCGUAAUAAGAAGGAGAAUAAGUGGCGCAAGAAAUAGUAUACAAUUGGGCAAUGAAACCACUGGUGUUCAUGGAAAUCAACAAAGUAAUGGACUUAAUGAAACUGAGCCCAAGUUUUCGUCAACCAUAACGGAACUUCGAAGAAAGGGAAGCUCUAGUGAUAACGAAAAACUUGCUAUCGCCUUGAACGCCCUACAGAGGGAGGCAGUAGAGUCGGUAGGAAAGACAAAGACUGCGACAACUAGUGAUACUUCAAGAGAAUUUAAAGUUGGAUCUAUGGGCUCUGCCGAUGUAGCUGAAGACAAUGGCACGGCCGAGCAAGAAGGAGGUGCUGAAAGUGCUAGCUCGAAUGUUAAUGCUACUAAAGAAAUAGCUUCAAUAAAGCAAGAAGAAUCAGAAAUUGAAAGUGAACUUGAAAUCAGUGAUACGAAGAACAAAACUGCAGACAUAUUAGCAACUGUUGGCGCAGAAGAAAACUCGUCCAAAAUUGCAGUUAACAAAAAGACUGUCAUAACAAGCACCACAAAUUCCCCGACGGGUCUUAAGAGCGAACUGAACCUUGAAGGCUCCUCUGAGAGCAUUGAAGACGAAGAAAAUAACAGCACUUCGAGCGCUGCCGCGAGUGUGAGCCGACGGCAUCCUUUGUCUAAAAGUACAAAAACUUUACAAAAUUCAGAGAGUAGUUCAACAGCCCGCAAUGACAGUGCUUUAGCGAGCUCGAGAAGACAAGGUUUGUUUGCUAAAAACAGAAAACUAUUUAAGACUGGCAGUAGUGGUGCCACAGCUGACGCAGUUGCUGUAGAAGAGUCUGACCAAGAAGGUGAUAACUCCACACAAAUUUCCAAGGCCACCAAUGAAAUCAAAGCCUACAACCGCCAGGAGGCCGCCGACGUCCAAAUGCCUGAAGAAAAGAAUAGCAACUCAUUGAGUAGUCGCACAUCUAGACUUAAAUCAACCAGCGGACGUUCUAGAUACAGUGGGCGAGCGCAGUACGCAAACCAAGGGACAAGCAGAAAUGUGAACCGUUUGAGCGCAACGCAAGGUGUCUCGACAAAAACCGAGCUAGAAGAAAAUGGCGCCACAAAAACACAAACCACCUACACGCAAACCUACAAUAGAGGCGCUAACUCACAGAACACUGUUAAACGCGUGCAUACAAAGAUCGUACAGACAACCGACCCGGAGUAUGAGUAUGUCUAUGAGGUUGUCACCGAGAAGAUACCCCCGAGCACGCCGCGACCAGUAACACGUAAUCGCGGUGGCGUACGCUUCCGUGAAUCGGAUUUGUCAUCCUUACUCUCGCUGGACUUCGCAUCCAAGUCGAAGCGUAGACAAGAGGGUGAGAAGACAAUUGUGAAGACACGUAGGAAGUUAAUCAAAAAACCACCGAAAAUAACGGAAAACGAAAAUGUCGAGGAAUAUGAAUAUGAAGAGCAAUUAGGGGAUCAGGAGCAACAGCAAGAAAGUGCAAUCACGAGACCAACACGUCCCUCCACAACAAGUGCAGCUACACGUCGUACCAGACCGACAAGACCUUUACGUACAACAACAUACGCAACGCAACAAGCUGCGGUUGCUGAGGAAGAAGAGAUUGCAAGGGAAGUAGAAGCAACGAGUGCGGCGCCAAGGCAGGGAAUCAAAACAGGGUUUGCUUUCAAAAGACCUAUUACCAAGUUUAGAACAACAACUACUGUUACCGAAACACCGGUGCCAACAACGAGAAAAGUUUUUGCGUUCAAACAUCCAAGUACAACAGUGAGCACCAACGUGGAACCUAUUAGUACUACGGAGGCAACAACAAGCUCUGAAGUUGUAGAAACAACAGAGCGUCCAAGUUUACGUCGAAAAGUUAUAAAACUACAACGUGUGAAUAAAACAAAAACGAGCUCUGUAGAAACCAAUAACGUGCCGGAAGCAGUUGCAGCAGCAAAAGUUGUGGCGACGUCUAGUAUCUUGGAGAGUUCAAUCCCGGAAGCUACAACUGUACCGAUGACUACAGUUUCGAGUACCAAUCUGUCGAGCUCCGCCGACGGAGGAACUGCAAGCAUCAACAACAGCUCUUCAACUGAAGAAGUCGAGCUUACCGAUGACUCACUUGAUCUACUCAAGAAACAGUUCUCAAGCGCUAUUAGCAAACUGAGUGAAAAUAACGAAGAAAAUGCCAACCCCAAAGAAAGCACAACCGUCCUAACAAAAACAACACAAACGACAACAACAACAAACACCACCAAUGGUCAGCCCCAAAUAACUACAGAAACCAAAACAAAAGUAACCCAACACAACGCCGUCUCACAAUUGAAUAAUGAGCUGAGCGAGGCCGGUGAAGACGCCUCUCUUUCACUCCCCAUAUAUCACAGAAGAAAAUACUUUCAAUACUAUAAAGAUUCACCAGUGAUCUAUAUAGGCAAACCCCAACCACCGCCAAGCAGCGAGCAAAGAAGCAACGUCGAUAUCAAGAAACAAAUACACGACGUCUUUAACAUAAGUACAGAUAAUGAUCAAUCCGUCGCUUCAGCGGAGAGCGACAACAAUAGCCUGGCAGUGGAUGAAGCCACGACUGCACAUAAAGAAACAGAUCAUCAUUUUUUAUUGAAAACCCCCGGGUCAAAGGAUGGGCACCUGGGGGCAAAAUCAAUCGGAACAAAAUUUACAACAUCUGGAGAAGAAUUAAUCGAUGACCAAAAUGCAAGAGCCGAAUUGGAAGCGUUAUUAGCGACGAGCGCGAAAAUAACGGCAAAACCAACGGCUAAAGAAACCACCAACAAUAGCAGGACUGCUGCGAGCAGCACCGAAUCAACACAUCGUGUUGGAAAGACUUUUAGAGAAGAACCAGACUCCAAAAUUACUCAACUUUCGGCCCUUAAUACCGACUUAGAUUCUGCCCUAAACAAACCCACUACUGAAACAAUAAUACUAAACCACCGCGAAACACCAACAUUAAAAAUAACUAUACUCUCACCGGAUACUAAAAAUCGCACUGAAGACUCACGCGCUUUACGCAAAUACGCAACCCUGAAUCGCGUGCCUACGACAACCGAAAAAGCUGAGAACGAAGAGGAAGAAAACACUACCCCAAGCACACCAAUACCAACAAAACGCGUCUAUGGUACACUAAACCAACUACGUAAAAAUUAUGGAAUCGAGAAACCAACCUCUUUACGCAACAACACGGCUGUGGAGGAUUCGUCAAACAACAGCGAAAAUUCCACGAAAUCGACAAAUGAACGCACUACAACAAAUCAAUCCGCUGAAAGAGAUUUUGUAAAGGAAACUUUGAGUUCCGAGCCGCCACCAACCGCGGAGGCUUUAGUGCUUGACGCAGCAGGCGAAGUUGGCGAAAGUACAACUCGACGUACCUUACAAACUCUUAACAGAUUAAAACAACGAACAACGACCCCUAAAGCGACAGUUGAAGAUGAAAAUCAUGAUAAUAAUAAUGUGGAAGGCGCGAGCUUAGCUUCGGUGGAAACCGAAACAAGGGAGCCUCUGGCUACAACUACGAGACGAACUUUAGUUCGCCUCAAUAGCUUGAGAUUUAGAACAACGACGACUAAAUCUAUAGAAGAAAAAGAAGCGGAGAGUGAGCAAAAUAAUAGUGAGGAUGAAGAAAAUACUCUUGUGAAGAGUACCUCAGAGGCAACGCUGACAACUAAACGAAAAUCUUUAAUUAGCCUCAACAGCUCAAGAUUUAGAACGACAACUGCUAAAACUGUUGAGGAAGAAGAGAGUAAGGAAAAUGAAAAUGAGUCACCAUCCAACUCCGCGCUAAAGGCCACAGCGAAAGAGCCUGUGGAAGGAACUACACGUCGAUCUCUUAUUAGUGUAAACAGUGUGAAUAGCUCGAAAUUUAGAACAACGACUGCUCAACCUAGGGAAGAAGAAGAAGAGGAGAGUGAGGAGAAUAUGAGUACAAAUGAGGCAAAUGCUUCAUCGGAGGAAAUGCCAGAAAAAACUACGCAUCGAACCAUAAUUAGCCUCAACAGCUCAAGAUUUAGAACGACAACUGCUAAAACCACCGAUCUCGAAGAUAGCGAGAGUGUGGAAAGCAAUAAUGUCAACGAUGCACGCAGGUCAGAGAAAAACUCAACUAGUAAAGCCGUUGAAACAACUACUAAACGCGCUUACAAUACCGUUAAUAGACCAAAACUUAGAACCAAAAUAUCUAAGCCCACAAGUGGGGAAACUGAUCAGGGUGAAAUUUUCACUACAACCCGGCGAACUUUGAUUGCCUUAAACAAAUUUAGAACUGCAAUAACAGCGCUAAAUAAAGAAAGGCAAGAAAGUGUGGAGAACAGCUUGGAAGAGUCAAACGCUGUAAAAAGUACAACGCGACGUCCUUACACAGUUUUAAAUCGGUUCGAAGCUAAAUCUACAAAAGAAGCGGGGGCCGAAGAAAUCUCAAACGAAAAAGAAAACACGCGAAAUUAUGCAACUAUAAGCAGAUUAACCAACAGAGGUUCAACUAGUAGCACAGAGAACCUGUCUCAGUUAGCCGACGAAAUGUUGGAUGAGGAAGAUGAGCAAGUAGUCGAAGAUACCUCUAAACGUACGUACUCAACUUUAACUCGCAUUCGUACAACAACCGAAAGUACUGAAAGUAUUGAGAAGAAUGAUAAUGAUCUGGCUAAGAGUGAAGAGGUUAACUCUGAAACAGAGCAAGUUGCAACUCAUCACCCCGUUUUGAUCCGAAAACGCAUUCACGUAACAACUACUACAAGAACGCCGAUCUCAGACACGACUGCAGAAGAAAUAGACGGUGUCACAAGCACUGAAGCCACGAAACGUCGCACUGUCAUCAUAAGAAAACGUAUACAAAGUAACACAACGCCCAUACCUGCUAUUGAUGAGAGAAUUGAAAAUAUAACUGAGAUAGAGGAAAACGCACAAACCACAAAAAUACCGCCAAAGUUACGCAGGCGUUUAAAUGCGACAGUUCCCUCAGAGGGCACGGAGGCUGCCGAUGAAUCCACCACAAUUACGCAAACACCCACAGAGCUUUUCUCCACAACGCGUCGUCCUUUAACGAGCUUCUCCCGACAGCACUUGAGCACAACAACACAAUUACCAGCAGAAACGUUGCAGGGGGAAGAACACAUAGAAACCACUACAGCGGAAGCACUAAAUGAUACACGGAAAUUAAUUUUUGGACAAACAAAUCGACAUCGAGCGCUGUUACUGCAAACAACAAAAGUGCCAAAUGUUGAGGAGCAGACAGCAAAUGAAAAGCAAGCUGAGAAAACGGAAACGACGCAGCGAGCGAAAUUCGCCCCACGCGGAAAGGGGCUGCAAGCAACUACUAACACCGACGAGCUCAAGCCGACUCCAGAAAAGCCCACGCAAGUAUUAUCAACCACAAAGCGCACUUUCAAGUCUUCACUACAUUUGCGUCCAGUUUCCGCUGAAGGCAGCGACUCUCAGUCUACAGCAGACAGCACAGAAUCUGUUGUCGAAUUAACGACACGUCGUACGUUUGGUCUUGUGCGACCGACUACAGCCAAAAGUGCAACGGAUUUGACUACCAUACGCACACUUAACGUGUUCGCACAGAAAACACGUCCGACCACAACAAAACGACCCUUGUUACCCACCUACAAUCGUAAUCUCUAUCAAAGAUCGGAAGAAGAAGACGAUAACGUAUUUGAUGAAUAUGAUGAAGAGCCAACGCCACUUAAAAUUAAAAAGCCAGCAUAUCAAAGCACGCGAACCUACACGAGCGAACGCACGCGACCACAGCUUGACGCACGUCAAAAAUUCAACGCACGCCGACCAUUUAAGCAGCCGACUGACAGUGACGAAGAGACUGACGACGAUUACACGGAUGUUGACGAUGACUAUGAGGAAAGCUCGGUUGAAAACACUGGAACAUACAGACAAACGCAAACGAAACCCGCCUCUAAGGAGUUAAGCGAUAGUCUACAAAAUUUACGGAACCGUGUUAGGUUGAGUCAGACACAGAACGAUAAUAAUGAAGGUAUAGUGAACUCUAGACUGCAAGUACUGUUAGCAAAUAGAGCCAAGACGACCACAAAACCAGAUAGUAAAGAUGUUGACGACGCAUCAGCCAAGGGCGCAAUCAGUGUAAAAAGUAACGUAGCUAAUUCUCUUGUAAAUCGUGGUAAUACUAACCGUUUCAGCACUUUAAUUGGUACUAAAAAUAAUUUAAGACUCAAUCAAUCUAACAACACUCAAAUAACCGUUCCAAUUCGUAGUAGUGAUGUAGUUAAAGAAAAGCAAGAGGAAGAAGCAAGUGAGGCUGAUAAUGAUUAUAAUGAUAUUGAUGAUGAUGAUGAUGAUGAAGCAAUCAGCACUAAUGUUAAGGGUAAUGAAGUUAAUUCUAAACGACGUUUUCAGAAAUAUCAAUUCAACCGCGCAAGAUUCUCAACCACGACCACAGCGACACCUACAACAAGCACUACUAUAGCGACAUCUACGUCGGCAACGCCUCGUACAGCUGCCGGCCUCUUCGUGCCGAAACAGUUGUACAAGUCGAAUAGAAAUAGAACGGCGACAACAACAAAUCAGGUAAAUGCGUUAGUAGAUGUUAAAGGGAAUGAAGAUGAUGAUGAAGAGGAUGAAAAAGAUGAGGUUGAAGAUGAAGAAGAAGAAGAUGAAGAAGAAGAAGAAGAAGAAAGACCAGGAAUUGACGUAGCAGUUGUUGAUAAAGAAGUAAAUGCAGACAGCACAAUCACCACCACCACGUCCACCACUUCCACCACCGAUAGCACAUUGAGCACUAGUCCAGCUCCUACACUAAGAAGAAUACGGGUUUUAAAGUACCGCCGUCCGAUUAGCGGCAACAAUAAUGCUACUUUAAUUAGUAAUAGUGUUAGUGUUAGUGUUAGCGGUAAUACCACAAACUCUAGUAUUACUAAUACUAUCAACACUGCUCAAGAAAGUUUAGAUACUCCCAAGCAAGUAGAACGUACUAGAUUAGAACCUUUCAAUUCCACAGACUCGAAUACACAACAAGAAACUCAGAGUGAAACACCAGUUAGUACAGAACAACCAAAAAAACGUUUCCGUAAAGUUAUACGCAAACUUAUACGGCCGGUUAACCGCACUACUACUACCGAGGCUCCGCCGACUAGUGAUGUUACAGCCGCAGAGGAAGAGGAAGAGGUGACACGCAUUUAUGUGAGCAACCAAAACGCUGAGAAGGAAACGAAGAGCGAGAUCAAGAUUGAGAGCACUAGAACAAACUUAUUUAGUAGAAAUGGCCGUACACGUUUCGGGAAUCGAUUAAUCGCGAACAGCAGCGAAAAAACGACUCACGAGGCACCUGAUGCAUUAGAUGCAGAGACCGAAACAGAAACUGAAACCGAAGAUGAGGACGAAGCGACUACUACACAAAAUCCACGAUCCACUUUUGUACGACCUAUUGCGGAGGACAGAGUUAACGUACCAACCGGCUUUAAGUUGCCUUCCCGACGUCCGUUCGUGUUGACACGUAUAAGUAGCACAACAGCUUCCGCUGUAGAGAAUGAAACUACAGAGAACGAAGAUGGUAAUGAAAACGAAUACAGUACGGAGGAUGAAGAGGAGUUACAGCAAGGUCAGCAGCAAAAACCUGAUAUAGGUACCACACGUUUGAGAAAACUGCUGCCUGAAGUAAAUACGACAACAAUAGUAACAACCAAUACACUAGAAGAAACUAAAGAGGCAGACACCACACAAACGAAGCCCACAGCGCCCAUAGUCAGACUUCCUUUCGGUUUAGGCGCACGUAUAAAAGCGGCUGAGCCUGAGAGCAAUACAAAGACGGAAGAAAAUACGACCGGAACUACAACUACACUACCAAGACGUCCAUUCGGCUUGAAUGCACGCACAAAAGCAACUCAAAGUGAAGAUGAGUCUGAGAGCCAUACGGAGGUAGAAACGAAUAUAGUUGGAACCACAACCACAACACCAAGACGACCGUUUGGACUGGGCGUACGCACUCAGACAGCUGAAAACGAGAGCGAAAGCCAGACGGAUGUGCAAGAAAAUGUAGAAGUGACAACGAAAACUACACCGCUUACACGACCUACCUUCCGUAGAAAGCUCGUCGCCAGACGUCCCUACGUACCACCGAAGGUAUCAGGUGUAACCAUUUCCACUACGUUAUCAACUACGCCGAAACCGAAGAAGAAGUUUGUGCGUCAUAAAUUUGGACGCUUCCAUCCUUUCAACGCCGCUAAUCGUAAUACUGGUGAGGGCUUUGUGCGUACCGAUCCACGUAAUCAGUUGUUACCGGAAACCAAGCGUUUCCGCAUUGAGAAUGGAAAACGUGUGCCCAUACCGGAUAGUGAGCAAUUAGAUGAAGAUGACGAAUACGAAGAGUAUGAAGAUGAAGAGGAUGAAGAGUCGACGACGUAUAAUGAUCAGAAUAAAGCGCAAACACCUUUCGCCGCUGUGACGCUGCGACCGGUUACGCGACCAGCGGGUUUAUUUAACAGAGCACCAACAACGUUGCUACAUGCAGCCAAGGAAAAAGAUGCAGACACUGAAGUCGACAAUGAAACCACCACAGGUGGUAACGAAGAAGACGGCGACGAUGAAGAUGAUGAUGAAGACGAUGAAGAGGAGGAGGAAGAAGAAGAAGAAGAACAGGAGACGGAAACAUCAGACGAUGAUGCCAAACAAUCUACACCCAAAUCCAACACGCCGUUCUACCAUCCAAAAGACAACCGCGUACCGCCUGGCGCAAGACCCGCGUUACCAAAUUCCUCCACACCGGCUUCGGGUAAUGCGCCCUUCAACGGCAGAACACGGCAGCCACAACCCUCAAACGCUGGGCGUGCCAAUGGUAAUCGUUUUGGCACUUCUGCGCCCGGUAAUACACGUGUCACGAACAGACCACGCGUUGUAAAUCGACCACAGGGUGUCGUCCCACCUAGCCUGCCGCUCAAACCAAUAGCCACCACCUUCGAGCGCACUACACCAGUGGUGCCCACGAAACCGGCGCCAUUUAUAUCAACCAACACUCGUUCGUACGAACGCAAAUACACAGCCACCUCCACAGAGACACCGGAAACAAUUAGCGAUAACUCACUUAUUGAAGAUUUAAAUAUUGAAGCACUAAAUGCACGCAACAAAAAAAUAUUCGAUAUCAAUAGUAAGAAACACACAACCCUCAAACCGAAAAUAGCCAUAAGCGGCGCCAUACAAACACCAACAGAUCAGGAACAAGAUACACAAGAUCACCUCAGACAAAACACAGAGACAGAAAGUGAUGAUGUAUACACAGCUGAUGUGAGCGGUGCUGAACAAGGUUUCUUAACCACAACACCACGCACAUCCGCCGCCAACGACACGAACACUGAUUAUUAUCUCAAUGCUAAUGAAAUCUCUUCGCAGGACAACGGCGGUGGCGGCGAACGUACUCUGUUUACCACCCCGCAAACACCCACCACGACACUAUUGCACGUUUUCACGCUGACCGAUGACGAGCAAACGAAUCGUCCACCCAUCGACAGCACCAACACCAUAGGACGUCUGGUACCGGAGAAGACACACGCCAAGCAUAAAGUAGUAGAAAUCAACCGCAUUGUCGAGAUCACAUCGAAGGCGGAUAAGUUGCGUCGCAAAUCGAAAGCAAAUCAAGAGUUUACCAAACCCAUUGGCGCCUCACAACUCAGAGUGGAGUCCUUACCACAUCUGGAGCAACUGGGUGAAAUAAGUGUUGUGAAAUUUGUACAUCUGGUGGACGGUAGUGAUAUUUCCAUUGAUGGACAUAGCACCGUAACCGAUUAUACGCCCACAGAGCCCACAGUCUCAGCGCCAGUAAGGAAUUCCCUGCCUGAAGGUGCGCCCUAUUUUGUGCCACAAUAUGCAUACUCAACGGAGAGUGCACAAACGCGUACCACGCUGGAACAACGCAACGGUAAAGCCUUAAUACCCGAAGUGAUACGUAGCGCGGUGGAGACUUCGACCAUUUCACUGGAAGGUCUAUUCGAAGGUGGACGGCAAGGUAAAGAAUUAAAUUCUAUAAAUUAUCCGUACUACAUAUUCGGCUCAGACGAAACAACAACAACCAGUACGACUACCGUUAAAGAGAACAUAAACGCAAACGAAAACGACAACGAAACACAAAACUCUCUAAACACAACACCGAAAACACAAACGAGCACAAGCUCGUCGUUACUGACUACGACGACAACAACAACAGCCGACACCACAACUAGCUCAACAACCACAGAGCGUGCUUUGCCCCCCCACCUACAUAGUGAUAGCGUAAAUAACAUACCUAACGAAAUGUCCGCAAAUUUAGAAUCCACAACAACGAUUAUAGGUAACACCAUUGAAGGUGAGAGCACAACCCAAAUGCCGUUAAUAGAUUCAAACAACACCUUCACCACAAUUGAGUCGUUAACAGUAAGCCAACAAAAUGCUACUCUCGAUGAAUACGUUAACAGUAAUCUUGUGGAAACGACAACUAUAGUCGCGUCGGCAUACACAGAUGAAACACCGAGCACCGAUAUGGCGGUGAAGUCAAGUGCAUACGUAAGACCCGUUGUACCACUACCACUCUUACGCCCUGAAUCCAAUGAGUCCUCUCCCCUAGUCAUAACUAUAGCCAAUCUCGAUAAAGUCAUACUCAGUAAAGUAGAUCGCACAAUCUCAGCCGACACUAAAGCGGCUCAAGAUACAGACCCCACACAACAACAACAACAACAACAACAACCGCAACAAGAAACACAAUUAAACACAGAACAACCGCCACGGCCCGUUGACUCGAAUGCGGAGUUCUCGAGCCGCUUUGCCUCGGUAGUUGCUGCGCCAAACAAUCUCAUACACGAAACAGAUGCUGGCUUGGGUAUAACUAUAAACAGUGUUGGUAGUACUAGUAGUAGCAGUAGUAGUAGUAGUGGCAGCAGUGGCAGCGGCAACGAAAGUGUUGUAGGUCCUGCUAGUGUUACGAAUAAUACGAGCGCGAACAGCUUAGUUAAUGGCAGCAUAGUGAAAGAAACGAUUAGUUUUAGCACAGAGACGCGUGUGGUGCGUAAAAAGAAAUCCCGCAAACAUAGGGGACGCAAAUUGAGGAAGUCUAGAAAACAUAAUACGGCUACUACAAUAGCGCCAGCUGAUGUCGAGGCUGGUGUUACGUUGAGCCCAAAGAGCGUAAGCAAUGCCGAUGAGAGUGCACAAAAUAGCAGCUCAACAGAUUUGCCAGACACCACAACAACAGCGCCGAUCACUACGACGACGCCGCGCGUGCGCGUCGUACAUAUUACGUAAAGGAACGAACGUUUUAGUGCAUGCAGCAUAUUUUAAGUGUAAAAAAUAUAAACAUUUUGAAAAUGUAGAAAAGAAUAAAGGAGAUGGUUGUAAUGUAUAUAGCCAUAUGGUUGUUAGUUGUAGGCGCAUGCAUCCAUAUUGAAGGAGAAGAAGAAAAAGAAGCAGAACCGCAUUGAAAGUUGUGUUUUAGUUUUUUUUUAAAUUGUAAGCCUUAACGAAUAUUUUUUUGUUUUUUUUUUCACUUAAAAUACGCGUAGUAGAUUAUAAAUUUCUAGUCUUAUACUUAUACAAUAUUUUGUGCGAUUUUCUUUCUACAUUAUACAUACGAUUAUUAUGUUAUUCAACAUAUGUGAAUGUAAAUAAAUAUGUUAGAAAAGAAAUAUUUGCUAAAUAAUUAUUCGCUUCGUAAUAAACUCGUAUAUUACUCAAAUAAGCCCAGUAAAUUAAUAACCUUAUCUAUUGCUUUCCUUUUUCACUCACUCUCGCUCUCUUUCUUACUCUGGCUCACUGUCGCUCUCUUCUGAGCUUGAUUUUUUAUGCCCAAUGUUGAAUACUUAUUAACUUAAAUAAUUAAAAAAAGAUAAUGCUAGAAAAUAAAUUGCAAUUUUUGUUUAACUUAUUUGAAGACUUAACUAAAAGACCGACAUUUAAGAGCAGCUGUGGAGCAGCUGAUAGCCUUAAACACAAGGUGCUUUCAGAUAUAGUAUUUAAAAGUCAUCGAAUUGCAUGUCAAAAUAAAAAACUUAGAAAAUUUUAUAUUAAAAGCAGUCACACGUAGUGUAAUAAUUAAAGAGAAAACUAAUUUAUUUCGCAAUAAUUUAUUAAAAAUCUUAUCUGAAAAUACUCAACACAUUUGGCAGAACUUUUGUGAGAAACAAAAAAAAAAAAACAAAAAAAAAAGAUUGAUUUGAGUACAAAACUUGCAGUUAAUUGAGUGCAGCUAAACUCCGCUACUGCUCUUUCUGUAUACACAUAGAAGAGACUCAGUUGCAGAAAUUAGUUGCGGAAUGGUUGCACCUACAAAAUCUAAAAAUUCAAAUUAUUUUUAGACAUUUUUCGCGUUUUGGCAACUUUUGUAAAACUUGGGGAAAGCCUACUGAAAAAAAUUAAUCCUGCCUGAUUUGUUAUAUUUUAUAACCAUCGGAUACUAAGUAUUUAUCCACCUGGAGAAUAUACUGCUGAAGUAUAUAAAAAAUAAAAUUUUAGAAAAAAUUAUUUUUAUUUUUUUUUUAAAUUAUGUAUGCUAAAUCCUAAAUAUUCAUAGGCAUUGGGCAUAAAAAAGUUCAAUUCCAAUCGAAUUUAGAUUUCUAUCAAACUCUAAAAUAAAUUAAAAUUCUUGACUAUUUUCUUGCCUGACAAUUUGUUUUCAAUUCAAUUGGCUGCAAGAACGUUUUUUGUGCAGGUUGCUGACAAGACUAGUUUAGAGCUUUUUUUUCGCAAUGGUUACCGUUUAUUUACUACUUUUUCGAAUUUUUUUUAAUCUCUUUGUUUCACUGUGGAAUCGUUAGCUUUCAUACGUUUCAUAUUCAUUUCAAAUUUCAAAAAGCAUACAUAUGUACGUUUGUAUGUGGGCUGCCAUGUUAAAAGUUCAGCUUUUAAAUAAAAUAAUAAAGUAACUUGCUUGCUAUGCUGCUGCUUUUUGCUACAUACAUAUUCAUUAAGCUUUUUCGGCGAAUAAAAUUAAAAAAUAAACAGUAAAUUCAAAAAAUAUCGCAUAAUCAACAAUUUAUUUAUAAAUUAAACAUAUUUGCAUAAAUGUGCGAUAAAUAUGUAAAAUGUGCAAGUUUCUCAGGCUGUUAUCGACGUUAAAAUGGAGAUGACAAAAAAUACAACAAAAAUGUAAUAACAAAACUUUUAUUGGUUCAGUUAAGUUUUGUUAAUUGUUCUAUGUAUACAUAUGUAUUUCUUAAUUUUUUCAAAUAUUUUCUUCUUACACACUUAACAACACAACACCUUUGUACACUCUAUAAAUAUGUAUUUAUUUUUUAUCAUAUAUAACUUCCUUUCUCUCUUUGACUUUUUGGAAAAUCCAAUUUUUAUAUUUAAAUCGAUAAAAUUGAAGUCACAAAAAUAUCA